UUUCCUGGACAUUUUGCGGAAUGCUGCUUCCCACUGCAGUAUUCUGGGUAUGUCCGGGAAAUUCACACCAAGGACCAUCAGCGUCCGAAAUUAAGGAGCUGGAUUGCCAGGGCAAUGACUAACUGUGGGUGCCUCGCCUGGCUGGGAUGUGGAAGGACGAUGGCCAGCCUGGCUGGGUGAGAUCUGGGCUGAGCGGAGGCUGCAGGCUGAGAAGCCAGAGAGACAGCGCCAUGCUUGAUUGAUGGGAGAUUCCAAGGCUAUCACAGUGACAGAAGAAAGGCCUUUUGGGGUGUCGAUGCUGCGAGAUCCUCCAUCUUUGGUUCAGGCUGUAGACGUGUAAAUAAACCACAGAUCCUAAAAACACCACAGUCUCUGCUGUCCCUCAUUCCAAGGGACCCCAGUCUGGAACCCCUGCAAUCUCGCCCUGCUUGGAGAUUGGGUGCCAGGCAAGCAGUGCUUUUCUACCAGUGCUGUGUCUCCUUGAAUACCCCCAGAAAAAAGCACUGAUGCCGUCAAAGUCGGCCAAUUAGCUCACAUCAAAGCAAGUGAGUAUAAAUGCAUUCAUUGCUACUAUUAAUUGUGGGGUUAUCUUGACUUCCAAGAUGGUGUUUGCAGAGCUUCCAGAGCCGUUUGCCUUGGGUUCAGCACCCCCUCCCCAGCAGCUCUUAUCGGGCAGCCAGUGGGGAAGGGCCACGUGGGGCAAACUCUGGCUCCACGUCACGGAAAGGCUUGCCCCGGGAGCUUUAUCUGCCCCCUUCCCUGCCUGGCAUCUCCUGGCUCCGGCACUCUGCCUCUCUCUCUCCUCCAGGCCGCUAUGGGCUGCCUCCCGAGACUCCUGCUGGCACUGGGGCUGGCAGUGGCCUUAGUGCAGCGUUUGGGGGCCCAGGAGAGCAGGAACCAGGCAGAGGAAGAGGAGGAAGAGGAGGACCAGGGGGUCUUGGUGCUCAACCAGAGCAACUUUGCCCAAGCCCUGCAGAAGCACAAGCUGCUCCUGGUGGAGUUCUAUGCCCCCUGGAGCAGUCACUGCCAGGCCCUGGCCCCGGAGUACGCCAAGGCCGCCGCCCUGCUGAAGGAGGAGGGCUCUGCGCUGCGCCUGGCCAAGGUGGACGGGGAGCAGGAGAAGGAGCUGAGCGCAGAGUUCGGAGUCAGCGGCUUCCCCGUCCUCAAGCUGUUCAGAGACGGCAACCGCACUCACCCGGCGGACUUCACAGGCCAGCGAGACGCAGAGGGAAUCGUGAAGUGGCUGAAACAGAAAGCUGGGCCCAGUGCGGUGCUGCUGGAGAAUGCCAGCCAGGCGGCUGCUUUCCUGGAUGCCAACGUGGUGGCGGUGGUCGGAUUCUUCUCUGACCUGCAGGAUGAAGACGUGCGCCUCUUCUACGAUGUGGCCAGCGAUGCUCCGGACGUUGCCUUCGCACUCACCAACUGCUCGGAGCUCUUUGAGAAGUUCAACGUGACCCACCCUGGCACCGUCUCUCUCUUCCGGAAGCAUGAUGAGUCCCGGGAAGACUUCCUGGUGGAUGAAGAGCUGGGCCUGGAUGGGGCGGAGCUGGCACAAUUCAUCCUGGUGCAGAGCCUGGAGCUGGUGAUGGAGUAUACGAGCCAGAACUCCUCCAGGAUAUUUGGGGCAAAGAUCCCAAACCACCUGCUGCUCUUCAUCAACAAGACGCAGGACUCUCAGCUGGAGCUCCUCAGCAGCUUCCGAGAUGCUGCCCCUGCCUUCCGGGGACAGGUGCUUUUCGUGCUGGCCGACGUCAACGGGGAAGGAGCCCAGAUCCUGCACUUCUUUGGCCUCAAGAGCCACGAGGCUCCCGCCAUCCGCUUCAUCAACAUCGAGAGCAACAGGAAAUACCUCUUGGGCGCAGACGGAUCCCUCACGGCUCCUGCCAUCCAUGCCUUCUGCCAGGAGGUGAUGGAGGGCAAAGUCCAGCCGUACCUGAUGAGCGAGGAGAUUGCAGAGGACUGGGAUAAGGCACCAGUCAAGACCCUGGUUGGCAGAAACUUUGAUCAAGUGGCGUUUGACGAGAGCAAGAGCGUCUUUGUGAAGUUCUAUGCCCCCUGGUGCCCGCACUCCAAGGCGAUGGCACCCACCUGGGCAGAGCUGGGCGAGAAAUAUAAAGACCGUGAGGACAUCCUCAUCGCCGAGAUGGACGCCACGGCCAACGAAGUAGCAGGGCUCCCCAUCCGAGCCUACCCAACGCUCUACUACUUCCCUGCAGGGCAGGACAAGAAGAUGAUCGAGUACCGGAGCGCCAGAGACCUGGAAUCCUUCUCGGCGUUCUUGGAGAACGGGGGUGAGGUCCCUCCCCAGGACGACACCAAGGCUGCCGAGACCCCCGAAGAACCCCAGGAGAAUCGAACGAGCCCACCAGGCUCCCCAGAACCAAGGGACGAGCUGUAGAGCCGGCCAUGGCCUCCGAGGGCAUCGCUUCCUUCGUGGCUCCGCUGCACGUUUGCCGGUGGCCAAAAACCUGAGGAUCUGGGACAGCCGCCACGU